AUGGCAGUUUCGGUUGAUGUGCAUCUUCUCAGCGGCAAGAGGGUUUCACUUGAAACUCCGGAAGAUGCCACGGUGGCAGAGUUGAACCAGAGCGCCCAAAACGCUCUGGCUGUUGGCAGAGGUCGGCUGUUGAGUGCUGAUGGCCACGUACUGGAUGCCUCACAAACAGUUAAACGAGCGAGGAUACGGAACGGUGAUGAGCUGUACAUGCGAGUACAGCUGCCGGAAGUCACCGCUUGGAGGAAACGAUCGGGUCGUACUUUUGCCACAGUCCUCGGUGAUGGAUCUGUCGAGACCUGGAGCUCUGCUAAAGACCAUGGUGACGACAGUUCUGUGAAAGCUCAGCCGAAGGGCGUGCAGCACAUCCAAGCUUCUUCUUCUGCUUUUGCCGCGAUCCUCGGUGAUGGGUCUGUCGUGACGUGGGGUGAUCGUGGUUCAGGUGGCGACAGCAGUCCCGUGCAAGCUCAGCUGAAGGGCGUGCAGCACAUCCAAGCUUCGUUUUCUGCUUUUGCCGCGAUCCUCGGUGAUGGGUCCGUCGUGACGUGGGGCGAUCAUUAUUCAGGUGGCGACAGCAGUCGCGUGCAAGGUCAGCUGACGGGCGUGCAGCACAUCCAAGCUUCGUUUUCUGCUUUUGCCGCGAUCCUCGGUGAUGGGUCUGUCGUGACGUGGGGCGAUCUUGAUUCAGGUGGCGACAGCAGUCUCGCGCAAGGUCAGCUGACGGGCAUUCAGCACAUCCAAGCUUCUUUUUCUGCUUUUGCCGCGAUCCUCGGUGAUGGGUCUGUCGUGACGUGGGGCGAUCAUUAUUCAGGUGGCGACAGCCGUUCCGUGCAAUCUCAGCUGAAGGGCGUGCAGCACAUCCAAGCUUCUAAGGGUGCUUUUGCCGCGAUUCUUCGUGAUGGGUCCGUCGUGACGUGGGGCGGACGUGGUUUCGGUGGCGACAGCAGUUCCGUGCAAGCUCAGCUGAAGGGCGCUCAGCACAUCCAAGCUUCCGACCAUGCUUUUGCAGCGAUCCUCGGUGAUGGGUCCGUCGUGACGUGGGGCGAUCCGGCUGCAGGUGGCGACAGCAGUUCCGUGCAAUCUCAGCUGAAGGGCGUGCAGCACAUCCAAGCUUCUUCUUCUGCUUUUGCCGCGAUCCUCGGUGAUGGGUCCGUCGUGACGUGGGGUGAUCGUGAUUCAGGUGGCGACAGCAGUCCCGUGCAAGCUCAGCUGAAGGGCGUGCAGCACAUCCAAGCUUCUUUUUCUGCUUUUGCCGCGAUCCUCGGUGAUGGGUCCGUCGUGACGUGGGGCGAUCAUUUAUCAGGUGGCCGUUCCGUGCAGGGUCAGCUGAAGGGCGUGCAGCACAUCCAAGCUUCUUUUCCUGCUUUUGCCGCGAUCCUCUAUGAUGGGUCUGUCGUGUAUUUUCGAUGA